AUGAGCAAUCAUUUAACACGUAUCAUCUCCCUUUGGCCAAAAGACGAGUUGCGUCCAUGGCUUUCGUUUCCUAAAGCGUUGGAUACGACAUUUCGCAGCAAACUCGAAAAGCUUUCCCCGGAAGAUAGAAAACUACAAUUAAAUGCAGCUGACAAGUUAUUGGAAAACACAUAUUGGAAUGAGUUUACGCCCCAAAAGAAUGUCUUGAAGCCUCAAUUCAACCCCAACUAUUAUGAAGACCUCAAGCAGGUCCGCCGUAAAGAAGUAAAAGUCCCUUGGUUUAAACGAUUGUUUCAGAGCAACUAA